AUCCGGUGCCAAAUCCACCUAUACUCCCGCCCGAACUCCCUCCGGCAGCGCCAACGGGGGGAGUGUAUUCCACACUCACUUCCAAAACCUCGGACACUUCCUCUUUCUCGGACCGUCUGUGUCUGUGUUGGGGUGCUACGGGUAUCGGUUGCGUGAACGUGCCGCGACGGCGCCGCGCGAGGCCUGUGCUCUUUAA